UCCUCCUCCUCCUCUUCAGCAGGUCACAGUCCUUCUCUGUGACACCGCGCGUCCGCUCCUGCGCUCCGAACCCUCCGCAGCGACGUCUGUUCCGCCCGAUUCCCGACCCACAACCAGAACCGGAGACUGAAGCCAGCGAGUGGGACAAGUUUGGCUGCAGCCGGACGGGCUCAGCGGUGGACGGGUCAAGCAAGGUCCGGUUUGUUGUAGGAGCGCGUCUGCGGGGCUUCAUGCGGGCUUUUCCCCUCAUGCUGGAUUACUUUGGGUUGCAGUUUUAUGUGAAGGUUCACCGAGAAAUCCACGCGUGUUUGUGAGGAGAACCACGUUUUCCUUGGUGAAGGAGAAAUCCACGUUUGUGCUUUUGUGCGCAUGACACCAGCAGCAGGGAAACCGUGACCUCAGUCAGACCUGGACCAGGAAAACACUGAUACUAGUGAAUGAAGGCGCACAGGAGGAUGAACCGCAGCUGAGCCGGAUCUUCAGCAACAGGAUGACUCUCAACGGGAGGAUCGUGCUUCUCCUCCUCCCGGCGUCCCUCCUGCUCUUCUUCUCCCCAGGCGGCUCCGAGGCGGCUUCUCUGGGCGGAGUUGAUAUCACUUUGGGUCCACAAAUGUUCAAGAACGUCACCGACUUCAGCACCUUUCUACUCGACCGUUCAUCAGGCGUGCUCUACCUGGGCGCCAAAGACGCCAUAUUGGCUGUUGACACCAACAACCUCAACCAGCAGCCAAGAAAGAUUGUUUGGGAUGUGCCAGAAGACAAGAGGAAAUCAUGUGUGGCUAAAGGAAAAACAGAGGUGGAUUGCAACAACUACAUCCGUCUGUUGGAGUUCUUAGGAGAUGGUCGCAUCUAUGUGUGCGGCACCUACGCCUUUGACCCCCACUGUGCUUUCCUGGAGCAAUCCUCCUUCACUCUGGAGAAAACUGAAGAUGGAGGGAUCAAAACGGAGACGGGGAAAGGGAAGUGCCCCUUUGAGCCCGCUCAGCAUUAUACGGCCGUUAUGGCUAGUGGUAUUUUGUACACAGCAGCCACCAGCAACUUCCUGGGAACGCUCUUUGACAUCUCCCGAGCAACAGGCCCAGAGCAGGAACGCAUCCGAACGGAGCGAUCCAUCAACUGGCUUAACGACCCAGAGUUUGUCAGCUCAGCCUUCAUAGAAGCGUCUGCCGACGCCAAUCCGACCGGAGACGAUGACAAAAUCUACUUUUUCUUCACGGAGAUGGCCAAAGAGUAUGAGCUAUACACCAAAGUCAAAGUGCCCAGGGUGGCUCGGGUUUGCAAGUCUGACGUAGGAGGGAUGAAGACUCUGCAGCGACGUUGGACCACUUUUCUGAAGGCACAGCUGGUGUGUGAGGACAAAAGCAGCGAUCGGCGCUUCAACGUCCUAAAGGACGUUUUCACCGUCCAACACUCUGCGGGCGACCCCAGCAGCACCCAUUUCUACGGACUCUUCAGCUCCCAGUGGGAGCCAGAAGACGUGUCAGCCGUGUGCAUUUUCAGCCUGACGGAUAUCAACAAAGUUAUGGACGGUUCUUUUAAAGAGCUGAAGAAAAACUGCGACAACUGGAUGAACCCAGAACCCCCUCCUACACCAAGGCCUGGCCAGUGUUUAAACAGUGCUCUAAAGGCUGAAGGGUUUGAGUCUUCCUUGAAACUCCCUGACAAAGUGCUGACGUUCGUAAGGGACCACCCUCUGAUGGAGAACAGUGUCACUGCAGCGCCUGUACUGGUGCGGAGGGGAAUCGGGUACACCAAGCUGGCCGUGACCCUGACGGGCCGUGGAGCAGUGCUGCAUCUUGGAACAGACCGUGGAGAGAUCCACAAGGUGGCAGUGGUGGGACAAAACACCACAUUACUGCAGGAGAGCCCCGUCUUCCCGUCUAAUGAGGCUGUUAACAACAUAUUGUUGUAUCAGGGCUGGGCUCUGGUUGGAAGUCCUCUAUCUCUGGCCCGCAUCCAGGCUGAGGGCUGUGCUCUGUUUAGCAGCUGUACUGUUUGCGCCAGAGCCAGAGGACUGGGCUGUGUGUGGAGCAACGAGGAAGAAGCCUGCAGUCUCUCAGAGAAAGAUCCCGGUCCUGGUGAUGUGGUGGAUGCCGCCCUGAAAAAGUGUGGUUCACUUGAUGGACGCUGCAGUCCGAUCAUCCAGGAAAUGCGGGUGUCUCUGGGUCAGCGCCUCUUACUGCCCUGUGUCCAGCUCUCUCCUAGACCCUGCAGCUGGCAGCACCCUCCCCACAGACUCACCAGGCAGCACCACACUGACUUGGACGUGACGGUGACUGAGGACAGCCUUGGAAAUUACGUUUGCUCGUGCCAGGAAGGAGGACCAUCAGUCAGAGACCCCACCACUUGUCUUCGAGCAACUUAUCAUCUGUCACUAGAGGGCCCAACUGUUGGGGGAUCCAAAUCGCCGGCAGGAAGUCGACACAUCAUCGCCGUCUACAUCCUCUUCUUCUUUUUGGGUUCACUCUGCGCUGUGAUUAUAAUGUACUUUGUGAACCGGAGGGAAAAAUUUGGCCAGCAUCAAGCACCAGAUACUUCACUGUCAUCUGACAAGGGGCGGGACUUUACGGCCUCCUUUGUCAGCCCGCAGUCCCCCAGCAGCACCAGCUUGUUCUCUAAGGUGUUCCAGAUGGAAAAACAGAAUGGGACGACCACUUCCACCACCACCACCAGCACUCUUCUGAGCAAUCAGGGCAACGGCGGGCCCCACAGCAGCAGCCUGAGCAACAGCAAACCCAGCAAUGGAAUCAACGGCAACUCCAGCAGCGGGGAGCUGAAGCUCGCCUCCGAAAUGUUAGUGGGAAACGUUGUGGGUCGAAGGACGGUGGAGCGGGCGUCGCCCGGGGGAGGAGAGAUGGAGUCGGGGGAGGGGUAUGGGAUGGUGGGGGGGCUGGGGGACGGCUCAAACGAAGGACUUAAAGGACUAGAAGAAGAGCUCGCCAGUUUUCCCAUGUUUAGAUCAAGCGCACCGCUGGCUCCGUGUGAAGAAAGUUCAAUAUGAGACAAAGACUCAAACUUCUUGAUGAAGCCAAAUAAACUGAACGCCACCGGGACGAAAAGUGAUCCCUUUGAGUUGAAGCUCCAAGGAAUUACCCUAAGCACGGGGGAGCUUCUGUGUACGAGGAAACAUGUGGAUGAGCCUCAGGAUGAGAGCUGCAGCUGAGCAGACGUGUAAGACAUCCGGUAAAAAAGUAAAAACGAGCUGGACUGGAAGCUGAUGGAAUGUCCCCCUGCAGACAUGAAAAAGCCAUAUUUGUCCUUAAAUGUCAUGGUGGGAUAUCUCAUUCACAUCUCACAAUGGAUCUCCAAAAGAAAAGCGCACUUUUUCCCCCCAGCAUUUUUUCCUCUCUCUAGGUUACCGAGAACCAAAACCUCCAUGAAUCCAAAGGCGCCAAAGGACAUCAAAGUCUGGAUAUUCCCGGUUCACGUGGCAACAGUUCUCCGUCUGAUAGAUCAUCUAUCACAAGUGAGGGAUUGUAAUGAUGCAGGAAGCUAUAUGUUGAUGAGCAAACGUUAGUCAUGUUGGUACAUGGACCUUUUGCCGACUCAAAGCCAUCAUCACCUCAGUUUCUACAUGGAUUUCAACAUCAAUGUAUUUCUGUUUUGUAAUAAAAAGCUGAACAUCU